CUCACUGGCGGCCGUAAAGCGCGGCGGCCGAACGGCCGGUUCCGGCUGAAUGUCAGUGCGGGGCUGAGGGCCGGGGAGAAAGGUGGUUGGCGGUCUCUUUACCGCCUCCGCUGGAGCUGCCGCCGCGGGCGCCAGGCCGCUUGGCCGCUGGGGCAUGAGACCGUGAGGCGAGCGCCGGGCCGGGGCCGCCGACAUGUUUGGCCGCUCGCGGAGCUGGGUGGGCGGGGGCCAUGGCAAGUCCUCUCGCAACAUCCAUUCUUUGGACCACCUCAAGUAUCUGUACCACGUAUUGACCAAAAACACCACAGUCACAGAACAGAACCGGAACCUGCUGGUGGAGACCAUCCGUUCCAUCACCGAGAUCUUAAUUUGGGGAGAUCAAAAUGACAGCUCGGUGUUUGACUUCUUCCUGGAGAAGAACAUGUUCGUUUUCUUCUUGAACAUCCUGCGGCAGAAGUCGGGCCGCUAUGUGUGUGUCCAGCUGCUGCAGACCUUGAACAUCCUCUUUGAAAACAUCAGUCACGAGACCUCACUUUAUUAUUUGCUUUCUAACAACUAUGUGAAUUCUAUCAUUGUCCAUAAAUUUGACUUUUCUGAUGAGGAGAUUAUGGCGUAUUACAUCUCGUUCCUGAAAACCCUUUCCUUAAAGCUCAACAACCACACCGUCCAUUUCUUCUACAAUGAGCACACCAAUGACUUUGCCCUAUACACAGAAGCCAUCAAGUUUUUCAACCACCCCGAAAGCAUGGUUAGAAUUGCUGUAAGAACCAUAACUUUGAAUGUCUAUAAAGUGGAUAACCAGGCCAUGCUGCACUACAUCAGAGAUAAAACUGCUGUCCCUUACUUCUCCAACUUGGUCUGGUUCAUCGGGAGCCACGUGAUCGAACUUGAUAACUGUGUGCAGACUGAUGAGGAGCACCGGAACCGGGGGAAACUGAGUGACCUGGUGGCCGAGCACCUGGACCACCUGCACUAUCUCAACGACAUCCUGAUCAUCAACUGUGAGUUCCUCAACGAUGUGCUCACUGACCACCUGCUCAAUAGGCUCUUCCUGCCGCUCUACGUGUACUCCCUGGAGAACCAGGACAAGGGAGGAGAGCGACCGAAGAUCAGCUUGCCAGUGUCUCUCUAUUUGCUGUCGCAGGUCUUCCUAAUUAUCCAUCACGCACCACUGGUGAACUCGUUAGCUGAAGUCAUUCUCAAUGGCGAUCUGUCUGAAAUGUACGCCAAGACUGAACUGGAUAUUCAGAGAAGCUCUGCCAAGCCCAGCAUUCGGUGUUUCACUAAACCUCCCGAGACACUUGAACGGUCCCUUGAGAUGAACAAGCACAAGGGCAAGAGGCGGGUACAAAAGAGACCCAAUUACAAAAACGUUGGGGAGGAAGAAGACGAGGAGAAAGGGCCCACUGAGGAUGCCCAGGAAGAUGCUGAGAAGGCUAAAGGUACAGAGGGUGGUCCUGCAGGCAUGAAGACGAGUGGAGAGAGUGAAGAGAUCGAGAUGGUGAUCAUGGAGCGGAGCAAGCUCUCGGAGCUGGCCACUGGCUGCUCCGUGCAGGAGCAGAACACCACGGACGAGGAGAAGAGCGCUGCAGCCACGAGUUGCGAGAGCCUGCAGUGCAGCAGACCUUUCCUGGAUAUGGUGUACCAUGCCCUGGACAGCCCAGAUGAUGAUUACCACGCCCUCUUUGUGCUCUGCCUCCUCUAUGCCAUGUCUCACAACAAAGGGAUGGACCCUGAAAAAUUAGAGCGAAUCCAGCUGCCGGUGCCAAAUGUGGCUGAGAAGACCACCUACAACCACCUGCUGGCCGAGAGACUCAUCAGGAUCAUGAACAACGCUGCCCAGCCAGAUGGGAAGAUCCGGUUGGCGACACUAGAGCUGAGCUGCCUGCUCCUGAAGCAACAAGUCCUGACCAGCUGCGGCUGCAUCAUCAAGGAUGUGCACCUGGCCUGCCUGGAGGGCGCGAGGGAAGAAAGUGUUCACCUGGUUCGGCAUUUUUACAAGGGAGAGGAAAUUUUUUUGGACAUGUUUGAAGAUGAAUAUAGGAGCAUGACAAUGAAGCCCAUGAAUGUGGAGUAUCUCAUGAUGGACGCCUCCAUCCUGCUGCCCCCGACGGGCACGCCGUUGACGGGCAUUGACUUCGUGAAGCGGCUGCCGUGUGGCGACGUGGAGAAGACCCGGCGGGCCAUCCGGGUGUUCUUCAUGCUGCGAUCCCUGUCGCUGCAGCUGCGAGGCGAGCCUGAGACCCAGCUGCCGCUGACUCGGGAGGAGGACCUGAUCAAAACCGAUGACGUCCUGGAUCUGAACAACAGCGACUUGAUUGCAUGCACAGUCAUCACCAAGGAUGGUGGCAUGGUCCAGCGCUUCCUGGCUGUUGAUAUCUACCAGAUGAGCUUGGUGGAGCCCGAUGUGUCCAGGCUGGGCUGGGGAGUGGUCAAGUUUGCAGGUCUGCUACAGGACAUGCAGGUGACUGGUGUGGAGGACGACAGCCGCGCCCUCAACAUCACCAUCCACAAGCCGGCAUCCAGCCCCCACUCCAAGCCCUUCCCCAUCCUCCAGGCCACCUUCAUCUUCUCGGACCACAUCCGCUGCAUCAUUGCCAAGCAGCGCCUGGCCAAGGGCCGCAUCCAGGCACGCCGCAUGAAGAUGCAAAGGAUAGCUGCCCUCCUGGACCUCCCAAUCCAGCCAACAACCGAAGUCCUGGGAUUUGGCCUUGGCUCCUCCACUUCCACCCAGCACCUGCCUUUCCGCUUCUAUGACCAGGGCCGCCGGGGCAGCAGUGACCCCACAGUCCAGCGAUCAGUGUUCGCGUCUGUGGACAAGGUGCCAGGCUUCGCAGUGGCUCAAUGCAUAAACCAGCACAGCUCACCCUCCCUGUCCUCGCCGUCGCCGCCAUCCGCCAGCGGGAGCCCCAGCGGCAGCACCAGCCACUGCGACUCAGGAGGCGCCAGCUCAUCCUCCACCCCCUCUGCCGCCCAGAGUCCAGCAGGAGUGGCAGGAAAGGACGCCGGCGAGUGUUCAGCCUGUCGGAGGCCGACAGUCACGGCGGCCACUGGGUUUAGUGCUUCGACCAGCAGCUGCCACGGCAACCCACGCACACUCAAUUCAGAUGCCCCCACGACUCCAGAACAGCCUCAGCCACACCUUCCUGACCAGCUGGUGAUCGUCAAUGAAACAGAAGCAAACUCCAAGCCCAGCAAGAGCUUGGCCAGGGGCACAGAAGUGGAGACAGCCCACCUGUCCCCCAGCCUGCUCCCCGCACAGCAGCCCACCAUCUCCCUGCUCUAUGAAGACACCACCGACUCGCUGAGUGUCGACUCACUGACCCUCGUGCCACCUGUUGACCCUCACAGCCUCCACAGCCUCACGGGCAUGCCCCUACCUCCCAUGCCCGCUGCAGGGUGCAUGGUAGCCCAGGAUGAGGAGGCUGCAUGCACUGAACACUAAGUUGGCACCAGGAUCUCUCCUGGUGCAUAUGGCCCCACUGGUAGGGACUCCAGUGCAGGCAAUCAGCAAGACCCUGGGGGAACACCCACAGGCCUGCAUGGCUGCAUCACCUCUCCCUUGCCCCUCACAUUCAAGACAGCGUGCUCAGCAUUGAAUUUCUUUCUCAUUGUGCAUGUCUGCAGGAACAGGCUUGUCCAGCAAAGGUGGACAGCGGCGAUGGCUGCAGCUCAGAGCUGGCAGCCCCAGGGGCAGGACCCACCGGCACCCCUCCCUCCCUCCAGGCCUCAUGUGUCCCAGCCUCCAUGGGCCCAGGAGGACCCGGCUCAGAAGCUGAUAGAAAAGCGCACAUAGACCAACAUCUCCUUUGGCUAUUUAUUUCUGCCUUUGGCAAUAGAUGAAACGUGAUUAUUUAAAAAGCAUCCAUGUGGGAAGAAGUCAAAAAAAAAAAAAACCAACCCCACAGUUUGAUGCUGUGUGAAAAGUGUAAUAAUACUGUUAAGAUUUUGUUUUUGUUUUCCCUUGAACUUCCAAUAUUUUUCCCCUGUAGAGUUCUCAGCAUAACUUUCCCCAUUUUAAAAACUGGUUCUUAUUAUCUCCAUGUUGCUGCCUAACUCUGCAAGCCUGUGGAACAUUUAAGUACCUUCCUGAAAAGUUCAGAUGCUCUUUGAACCAAAAGUUAGGGAGACACCCAUAUUCUCAGGUACACACAGGCUCAGGAAGGUGGAUUUUCGGCCUAAUCGAGAGCUUUCCAUGCAAAGCAAGACCACAGCAGCUCCCGCUGCCCACUCCUCCUGCACCUCUGCCCACUGAAACCAAGCAGGGGCUGAUUGCUGGCACCCAUGGCACCUGUUGCCUCAUUGUUGUGUGUAAGACAGCGCCUACUGUUUUCACGGAGACUGCAGACCCUUAGCUAUAGUGGAAAUGGCUCAGGGGAGCCAUUCUGUGCCAGCUCCCAGGACAAAGCCCCUUCUCAAGUGAAAGCCCUGUCGGUUCUGGACGCACAGGCAAGACCCCCAAGGUGUCCCUCUGCACUUGGCGGCCUGUGCUCGGUGACAAGACCUUCCCCAGCCCUCCAUGGAUGUGUUCACCAGGGUGUCCACCCAAGCCCAGCUCAUCAGCAGGCAGCCUCAGGUGAUGCUCUGAGGUGCCACCAGCCACUUGUCCCCAGAGUGCCAUCCUCUCAUCCCUCUGCCCAACCAGCAGCAUCAGGCAGCAUCUGCCAAGAUCAGAUCCCAGCUUCAGGAAGAAUGCAGUCAUCGCCCCAGGCCUCAAACGCCCCCAGCAGGGGCCCACCUGGCUCCCACCUUUGCUGGAGCAGAGAAGCGUCCCAGUAGCAAGGAGGUAGCUGGGCCCAGUGAGAAGGGGAAGAGUGAUCAUUGGGACCAGAACCCACAGCGAUACAGCACCUGCACCUCCAGCACCCAGCCAUGGGUCUUGUUUGAUCUCUCGUGGAGGUCAGUGGACAUGGGAACAGACCUGCGCCUGACCACCCACACCCAGUUUUAAAUGCCUGUGUUCUUGACAGCAGAGAUGAGAGUAGCCUAUGGCUUCCCCACCCAGCGCACUUCUGUGAAGAAAGGUCUGGAGCCCCAGCAGGCAUGCCCAGGCCCUUUGGGACCUCCAGCCUACCACGUAAAUCCAGUGCUUCCAGCUCUCACUGAGAAUGGCCACAGCAGGGUGACAGCAAGCCUGGGAGGACCAACCAUUGUGUGCCAGGGUUCCUGCCUUAUCCUCAAGGACAGGAACAGGGUUCCCAGGCCUUGCCUCUGCGGGGGCUGGCAGCUCACUUAGCAGGUAAGGGGUGGGUCCCAGGCACCGCGUGGAAACAGGAGCAUGCAUCCUUGUAUUAGGAGAUCUGAGAGUCAGAAGGGGUGGGGGUGGAGGUAGCCAGCCUUGGGCCCUGUGCAAAGACCCUGUCUCCACUGAUCGGGUGGAGCGGCUGCAGGUGCAUCUUCAGGAAUGCUGACACACCAGGCAGCCCUCACGGACAGAACACACUGGCUGGCCCACAUGGGGCUCCAAGGAUGAAGCCAGGAGGGUGUACGAGAGCCACCCUGGGGCUAGGACCCCUCCAUGUCGCUGCAGGGCAUUCACCACCCACCCUGAUCCCCCUCCCCACGUUGCCUGUGGGUCUUACUGGGUUUGUUGAGUUGGAGCUAGCUUUGCCAUGUGACUCUAUACCUGGGUUUUGAGGGUUGCUGUGGAGGCAUGCACAUCCCUUUUCUGCUUUGGAGGUUUGGGCAUGCCAGGGCUCCUCUGCAGACAGGUCACAGAGCAAGGGGAGGGGCCUCUCUGCAGGAGCAGGGGCCAGCUGCAAAGCCAGGCUGGGGUGGAGUGGGGGUAAGGCCAGCCCUCCAGUAAGCAGCAGGCGCCUCGCCUCGCCUGCUGACCACAGGGGGCUACCUCCUACACCCCAGCCUCUGGAGCAACAAGCCAUCCGGGGACAGACCACCCAUGCCUCUGAACACGCACUGCAUUUCUCCAAGGCAUAGAGGUACGGGACAAGCCGACUCUGGUCCUCUCAUAGAUGCAAUAAGUAUGAGCUGUUGGAUGCAGUCAUGCUGACAUCAGGCAGCAAUGAUUUGAAUUCCCUGUGUUUCCUUGAACUGAGACUAUGUAAAUAACUUGUCCCAGGAAGAGGCAAGGGCUGGGACAACGCAGCACUCCUGGGCCUCUGGGCUGUUCUUGGGAAGUACCCGUGUCUGCCCGUGUGACUCAUGCUUCGUGGGUACUGAACAUGAGGGUGGAAAUGAAAACUGGAACUUCCUUGUAAAUUUGAUCUUGGCAAUAAAAGAGAAAAAGGCUACCAAGAA